UCGAGCUCACCACAAUCUCCACUUCACCCUCUCGCUCCAGAACGGCGGCCACGGUCGCUUCCCCUCUCCGGCCGCCACCGCCGCGCAUGGCGUCGCUGCUCCGCCUCCAGGCCCUCGCAGUAAACCUAACGAUACCCCGCCGCCUCCCCUUCCCUCUCCGCAUCUCCCCCGUCGCGGCUCCUCUUGCGGGCCGCCUCUCCACCACCGCGGCCUCCGGCAGCUCGCCGGAGUCCCCCGCCUCGGAACCGGAUUUGGAUUCUGGGCUGUAUCUUGUGGCAACACCAAUUGGGAACCUUGAGGAUAUCACCUUAAGGGCAUUGCGUGUCCUUAAAUGUGUUGAUGUGAUACUAUCGGAAGACACGAGGCAUUCUGGAAAGUUACUUCAACAUUAUAAUAUCAAGACACCUCUUCUCAGCUUUCAUAAGUUCAAUGAGCGUGAAAGAGAGCCUAAUAUCUUAAAGAGACUUCAUGAAGGUGAAGCAAUUGCAUUGAUUAGUGAUGCUGGUACUCCUGGAAUUAGUGAUCCUGGCAUGGAACUGGCUAGAUUAUGUGCUACCGAGGGAAUCCCUGUUAUUCCCAUUCCUGGGCCAUCUGCUGCAAUAGCUGCUCUUUCUGCAUCUGGUUUACCAACUGAUGAAUUUACAUUUGUGGGGUUUUUACCAAAGCAAGCUCGAUCACGAAAAGAAAGGCUUGAAAUAUCUGCUCAUGAAGCUGCCACACAAAUUUUCUAUGUCCCUCCCCAUGGAAUUCAUCAAUUUCUUUCUGAUGCUGCUUCAUCAUUUGGUGAUUCUAGGUCAUGUGUUAUUGCAAGGGAGAUAACUAAAUUGCACGAAGAGUUUUGGCGAGGAACUAUUGGUGAAGCAAAUGAAAUUUUUGCAACUCGACAACCAAAGGGAGAAAUUACCGUGCUCAUAGAGGGAAAGUCGAUUUCAUUCGAUGAAACUCCAUCCGAGGAUUUCCUUGAGCAUGAACUCAGGGAAUUGAUGACACAGGGGCAUCCUCUGUCAGCAGCUGUGAAAAUGGUCAGUGAAGCCACAUCAGCAAAGAAGAAGGAUGUUUAUGCACUUGCAUUGAGGUUAUUUGGAAAAUGAGUAAUAUGCAAUAUUUUGCUCUCAUCUGGUAGUUCAACUUUCAGAAAUCAUGAAGUAUGUUUGGAAGGUGUCAUCCUUUUUAGAUCACGGAUACCUUAUUGCUUGGGUCAUGGGUGUGCUGUGAGUAGCCUGUUGGGCUUGGGCAUGUCCGUGUCCAGUGCUACUCGGUGAUCACAUUGACAUGGGAAUAUCAAUGGCAGCUUUCUGAAGAACCAGCUGAUUCAAACUUUUGAAAGAGGCGAUACUUGGAGAGUUCAGAAUGGGUAUUAUUUCGAUCCAUUUACAAGUUCUUUUCCUUAUCUGACAAUCGAAGAGUCUUUGAUCUGUAGCUGUUCUUUCGUUGUAUAACAGAAGCAUCACUGCAUGACAAGGUACCUGGUUAAGCUAGUUGGUGAAUCAGUAUAUCUCCUUAGAUUUAAUGAUUAAAUUCCCAUUUAAAGAUUCAUUUACCCAUCGUGAAUGGACCAUUGAACACUUGGACAGGUUGCAUACCUGCAGUUCGUCUAGGCCUACGACAAUGGUACUAAAUAAAUAGACAUGACGUUGGCCUUUGUAUUUUGUCGGCCAAGAUAUGGCUCACAUUUUUUGAGAACGAAUUCGGCCCAUAAACGUAUAUCAAUUUAGCCAAUCCCUAUCCCGUGAAC